GUGUGAAAGGUAAGGCUCACCCUCACCAUUCUUUUGUGUUUUGAGAUACAUUUUGUGUACACUACGCUCGGUAUCUGGAUCUGGUCAGCGCUGCUUGUCUUCUUGCUUUUGUUUGAAUUAAACGAAUCUGCACGUUCAGCUCAUCUUUUUUUCACUGCUUGGAGCUGUCAACGAGCCGACGCCAACCACGAGGGUUUGUGUCGUGUGGUCAGGCGAGAGAAGACAAGACGCUACCGUCUGGAAAAGAGACAAGCACGAUCCGCAUCAGCUCUUGCAAUAGGAAAAGAAGAGGAGUUCCGAAUCAAAAUCGAAAGAUAAACCAAGGCACUAUUUGUGCCUAAAGAAAGGAAGAUAUAGGUAGCCGUCUUCACUGAUUGAAGACGGUCGGAAAGAAUUGCGGAGGGUAUACACCGGAAUUAUACGUGCCCGGAUACUUCCUCCCCUCUUCCCUCUCUUUCUGUGGGUUUAUCUCUCUCUAUAUAUACUUGCCUUUAAGUUACGAUUCAUCUGUUUUUUUUCCUCUUCUUUUCCUUUUGCAGACUUUUUUUUGUAGGUGAAAAACUCGCUUCUGUUUCUCCUUUUUUUUUCUGUGGACGUGUCGUCACUGUCUUUGCAAGGGGGGGGGGGUUUAAAUUUGUGCGUGACGCUUUCCACUCUGGUUUGUCUGGUAUUCUGGUCCCCUUUGGCAACCUCUUUUACAGUCCUCAAUUUGUUAUUCUUCCGUUUCCCUUUUAAAAUCACGCUCCAAAGCCGCCCCCUUCCUUUUCGCUCCUUCUCUGUCGUCAACGUCGGCUUUAACAGCUGCUUUUGCGUUAAAAAUAACAUCACCCUCUUUUUUGUUCUUCUUUUUAGUUUUUUUUUUCUUUCUGCGCUGCAGAGCGAAGAAAUACCGUUGCGUUCUUCAAGGCCCCCUUUUUUUUUUUGAGCAGGUGCGGCAGAAGCAUCCCCCGACUUCGUUCGGGGAUUAGGUGUGAACCUCUACCCACGCCUGCCUUUUUUCAGUGUUUUUCCCAAUUCUAAUUACUCUGUCGUCCCCUUUUUUUCCCCUACUUGCACGAGCUUUUUUGUUGUUGAGUUUUCAAAGCUAAAAAAACACGGAACACCAAAAAUAAUUGUAGAAAGAUUUGUUUCCUACCUGCUCUUCUUUUGUAAUUGUUUCUGUUAUGGUUUAGUGCGGUUUCUUCUUUAAAUAGCAUCUCUCUCUCAAUAUAUAUACGUACACAAAGCUGCACAGUUGCAUUGCCUCCAUCAACAGCAACGAUAAGCGGAAAGAAGUAAUACGCGGCGUCGCAGCAGGCUUUCACCUCAACACAGUGAUUGCUUUGUAAACGGGCGUAGCUCUUGAUAUCCAUUUCUCUGAUUUCUACUGCCGCUGUGCAAGUGCUUUGACAUCAAAAAUAGGAAGUUUUUUGUUUUCACCCCACACCAAAGGCGGAAACUGAACUGCUGAUUGGACUGCAGUAGUUCGCGUACACGCCGGUCGAACACGCAAUCAAUUCAGCUACAUCAUUCAUCAUUCAUUUUUUCUUUUUUAGCUCUUGUUGCCCGUGAAGCUAUCCUUGAGGCGUACACAUACAAAAAUAACCCCCAAAAAGAAAAUGCCGAGCAAUUGCACAUCCACCGAAGUCUUCGGCAACACCGAGGAGCAAUACGUCGCUCACGGCCUCUGCAAGAACGAAAAAGCGCAGCCGUUCGAGAUGGUGUUGGAGGACCCCUCCAACGUGGCCGAGGCCGCCGACGUGUCUUCGCAGCCGUCUACUCCAUCGUCCGGCGGCAGGGCCGAGGCGACUGACGUGACCGGCAGUCCGCUUAGAAACGCGACCACAACCGACGAAAAGGUGGGACGCUACCCGGCUACUCCAUGCUCCACGACGCCGGUGCUGCUGCCCACCCACCGCACAUGCACGGUGAAGCUGAGCAGCUCCGCCCCUUCAGGGUGCUCUCCCGGGCUGCUGGGCGCGAGAAUUGUGGUGCAGCCGGAGAAGCAAGAGGCACACAGGGAGUCCGAAAACAGAUCGCGAACGCCGCAGCCGUCGCCCUCGCCGCGCCGAACACCCACCACGGCUACGCGUGCGGCGGCCACUACGCCCACUACGGCGGCGGUGACGACGAAGCCGCCCGUGUCGCCGGAGGUCGUGCCGCGCACGCCGUCGCCAGUGUUAAAGAGGUCCCCCGCGAAUACAAAAGCGGCGGCGACUUCACCGACACUGCGCACGAGCGCGUCACCGCCGUCACAACGUGACGGUGCAGAGGCGAUGCCCGCCCGGGAGACGUCGGCGCUGCCGUCACCGAUGCCGGAGUUGCCACCGGUGGCGAUCUACACCGCGCCGUCGCCACCGCCGGUGCGCAGUACGCUCGCCCCGUCGCCUCGUGCGCCGCCCGCGCUCGAUGAGGAGCCUGACGUGUGCUGCAUUUGCUUGGAGGAGUACAGCGAUGACAACCCGAUGUUCCGCGGCGAAUGCCAGCACCAUUUCCACCUAGCCUGUUUGAUGGAGUGGAAACAGCGGAGCAACUCGUGCCCGAUGUGCUGCGCCGAGACGCUACGCGGCGUAGGCGAUCUGCAGACACCGCGCAGCUCGGCCCCCGUCGACCCCGCCGAGGCGGCCCGCCUGCGCGAGAUCGCUGCGCAAGACGAGGCCUUCGCUCACCGGCUGCAGCGCAAAUACCUUCAGCGUGCCCAACAGCAGCAGCAGCAGCAGCAGCAGCAGCGACGCGCUGGUGUAGCGAUGCGUGCCUCGCCGACCAUGGCGCCGGCUCGGUCACCGCAGCAACGGCCGCAGCGCAGCGCAACGCUGCUGCCUCCGCUCACCACUCCGCCGCGAUCGGCAAGUCAGCAGGCUUCGUACGGGUCCCGGCAACACCGCACGCGGAGCGGCGGCCCGGUCGCCUCUCCGGCUCCUGCGGCCGACCCGGGCACCCCUGCCGUUACGGCGACGCCCCCCACCCGCGUGAGCGACGGCACUACCCCUGUCACCAGCGCGGUGUUGCCGAAGAGAGAAAAAGCGCGCAAGCCGAAUGGCAUGACACCGACGCGAGCUAGCCCUUUAGGGUCUCGACAGCGCUCCACGUCUCCCGCCGUGCACCCGCAGUUUCAGAGUGGCCAGCGGCCGCAACGUCGCUCGGGUCAGGGUGGCUGCACAAUGAUGUAA